AUGCUUUUAACUCAUCGCUUUAGUUUGCCUUUACCUCAUUUGGUUUUGCUGGUUUGCCUGUUCAAGCUGUCGGGUACCUCACUGCCCAUAGGCAUCCAUGCAGGAUCGAAAGUACAGACAAUCAGUCCUUCUGAGCAUAGUAGUUCAGAGUGCAAUUUGAACCUCAUCAAAGAUAUUAAUGCUUCAGAGAUUCAGCCGAAUGGCAAAAGGAGAAAGACAACUCCCAGCGAUUCUUCAGAUAAAACGGGGCUAACCGAUUUCUACAACUUUGAUCCAGAAGGACUGGAAGGUGAAUGGUGGGAAACAAUCAUGACGGAGUUUCCUGCAAUCAAUGGGCUAGAACACGGCGCGGUGACCCCGAUUACCAUUGACAAUGCCGAUCCAUCCGAGUUUGAAGCAAACAAUGUACAGUAUGCUCCGCCCGAUAAAAUGGAUGCCCAGAGACAAACCCAAAGGAUGAAAGAACCACAAGACAUAACCAACCAGCAAGGAGUUUCUGGAACUCACCCUGAGAUGUUGAGUCAUGGGAAUAGAAGGCAUGAACUGCCUAAGCCCAAACCCACCUACAAUGUAGGGAAUGAGGAACUUGAAAUAAUCAGAUUCAGUUCAACUCAAAAAAGUAAAUCCCUCUAUGGUUUGGCAAACAAGGCCCUCACAACGUAUGGGGCUAAGUCAGAGACUCUCUACAAGAUCAAGAUGAAUUUUGAAAGAAAAAUUUUCAAGAAUAUCACAGCUCUGCGAUUGAUCCAAUUGUAA